GUCAAUCUCUCAUCAUCACAAACGUUUGGAACGUCCCCAGUAAAGACAAUAGUCGCCGCUCAACAGCUAUCGAGCUAAGUUAUAAAGUAUUACAUUGCAGUAGACAAGAAACAAAAAACAACAAUCAAAAUGAACUUCAAUAAAGUCUUCAUCUUCUUUGCCGUUUUGAUCGCUAUUUUCGCAGGCCAAACAGAAGCGGGUUGGCUAAAGAAGAUCGGCAAGAAAAUCGAGCGUGUUGGUCAACACACAAGGGAUGCCACCAUUCAGGGACUUGGCGUGGCGCAGCAGGCCGCCAAUGUUGCCGCAACUGCCCGGGGUUAAGAAUAGUUGUUUUCUGACCCAUUUCAUCACUGCUUCAC